AUGUCUCUCCCCAGUGGGAGUGUUCCCAUCCCUUCUGUACCGGUACCUGCUCCACAAGAGGAAUCUCAAUCCAAGCGAAGUAGGAUGAUGCAAAGCUCGUUGGAGCUGGUGUUCUCAUACUCACGACAUCAACAACUUCGAUAUGGGGGAUCGGCACCGUCGUUCAUCGAAUCAUCAUCUUCCAAAUCACCUUCAACUGAUCAAAGAGGGAGUGGACAAUCGGGAGAAGAAGAAGAGAUAGAGGAGCGGGACGUAUCCGGAAGGUGGGCAGAUAUAGAAUCUGCAGCUGGAAGAGGAAGGCGACAAUCUGGAAUAUCACCAAUCGGUAGAGAUGAAGAUCCAGAAAUAAUAUUUGAAGAAGAAGAAGAAGAAAUACAACCGGCGUCACAUCAUUAUAGAACAGCAUCGGAUGAACCUUCAUUCUUCCAUUCCGAUCCACUUCCAGCCUCCAGAGCAAACGAUACAUCCCCCAUGCCUUCGAGUCAAGCUAGUCCGGUUAUACCCCCUUCGAUCGGAGGAAAGGGUUUGAUCUCAAUCAACAUGUUCUCGCCAAGAGUGACGUCGUCGAAUUUGAGCACGUCGUACGGGACUAGAUCAAGUGGGAGUCAAACACCUCUCCCUGGGAGAAUACCGAGAGAUUUCAAUGCUAGUGGAAUCAGUCGGGCAGAAGAUGUUGAUACCGAUGAGAGAACCGGUUUGGUGAAAGGUACAGAUACUGGGUACGGCGCACUCAGUGAUCGAGAUGAAGAAGGGAAUGUUAGGGUUAGACAGAAGCAUAAAUAUCCUCAAGGCCAGAGUACCGAUGGUCAGACUCUGUUCAACGCUACGGCUGUGCUGGUUGGAAUAGGGCUACUAUCGAUGCCGCUAGCAUUCGCAUACGCUGGAUGGGUAGGAGGGACAGUCAUGCUGUUAGGUUUUGGAUGGCUGACCUGUUACACCGCCAAGCUGCUUGCGCAUCUGAUUAGAUCAGAUCCAAGCUUGAUGGGAUACACAGAUAUUGGCGUGAGGGCACUGGGACCAUGGGCAGGUGGUGGAAUACAUGUUCUCUUUUGCAUGGAGUUGUUCGCUUUAGGUGUCGCAUUGAUCGUUCUGUUUGGAGACACACUGAACGCUUUAUACCCAAACAUCUCGUCAAACACCUGGAAAGAAAUUGGGUUUAUCUUCAUCCUACCAACAGCUCUUAUGCCACUUCGUCUCUUAUCCCUCCCCUCGCUCCUCUCAUCAGUGUCCUCACUCCUCCUAAUUCUCGUGCUGCUGAUCGACGGUCUGAUCCGUCCCAUCGCACCCGGUUCAUUACGCAAUCCCAUGCCGACGUCUCUAUGGCCAGAGUGGGGCGGAUCCAACUGGCUAGGUGGAAUAGGACUGGUGUUAGCUGGAUUUGGUGGACACGCUGUGAUGCCUAGUCUGGCUAGGGAUAUGAAAAGGCCUGAAUCGUUUGAUAGAGUCGUUAACAAAGCUUUUACAAUUGCCACGGCUAUCUCGUUUAUAGCUGGAGCUGCGGGAUAUCUGAUGAUAGGGCAGACUGUUUCGGAUGAAAUCACUCGAGAUCUGAUGCAGGAUAAAUACCACUAUCCCCAUUUGCUUAAUCUCUUCGCUUUGUGGAUGAUUGUCAUCAAUCCUCUAACGAAGUUCGGCUUGAGUUCUAGACCGCUCAAUAUCACUCUGGAGAGUAUCCUUGGCAUAUCACCUACCACCGGAAUACACAUCGAGGACGAAUCGACUUUUCAUACUUCUGAAGCAGAUGAAAGUGAUCCUCUCGGUUCAGGUACCAAGUCGGAUCGAGGAGAAAGAAGGUUAUCUUCCAUGUCCAUCGCAAGAUCUCGUGCAAGAAGAGAAUCAAGGGGGAUGGGAGAAUCAGAUUGGUCGUAUAGAUCAUUCCCUAGGAGACCAAGUGAAAUUGCACCGAUCAAGACCUCUUCUCCAAGUGAAGAGAGGAGAAACACUGUGUUACGAGUCAUGUCGAGGACUGUAGUUACAGCUCUGUGCGUAGUUACUGCCGUUCUCUUACCUGGGUUUGGAAGGGUCAUGGCUUUCUUAGGAAGUUUCUCGGCUUUCCUGAUCUGUAUAAUUCUUCCACUGCUGUUCUACAUUCGCUUGGCCCCUCGUUUAGACCCCAGUACGGAGUCAACACCAUCCGCUAGAUGGCACCGAACGGCGCAUUGGAUAAUGGUUGGAGUAUGUACAGUGUUUAUGAUAGCUGGGACUGUGUGGGCAUUCCUCCCUGGAAGUGGACAUGGCGAGCUUGAUCCAUAG